AUGGGAGACGCACGGGUGAAAAGUGACGGCAGCUUGGAAAAGGAUGACAGCUAUGACGAUGGAUGCUACGUGGGAAACCAAUCCUGUGGCCCCAAGGCUGCUACCUCCCGCCGCCCCAGGUGGCCGCGCGCUACUUCGUCAGUUCCGGCCGCAGGUGCGCUGGCACGGAAGGCGCGCGUCAGGCCCGAGGGCCAGCUCCCGGCCGCCCCCGCGGAUGGGAUUCUUCAAGGCGGCCAGAUGGCCGAGGCGAGGCCGUGGGUGCCUGGGAGUCCGAGUAGGGCCCAAACAUCCCCUGCCCGACAUUUAGCCCGGCCAUCCGAACACUCACCCCAGGGCCGCGCGGCCACCCGUACGGAAACGGAGACGCCGCCACCGCCACCAGCCGUGGAAAUUAGACUGGGGCCAACUGCUGCGCAUGCGUCUUCAGUCCGCCGGACACAGAUGCCACUCCCAGCUUUGUCCUCUCUCCCUGAGCCACAAGGACCGUCAGGUGCUACAGAUAAAGAGACAUGGUCGCUGACUCUCAAUGCAGCAGCCCCUUGGGGACCACAGAUCUCAGAGCCAACAGCUGUUCUCAGGUUGUCGGAAGUGGUGAAGCUUCAAAAGCACGCUUCCUCCCGCCUGGCAGAGCCCCUACCCACAACCCACCUCAUUUCUGUGAGGUCUGUGUUUAGAGACCCACAGAUUCCUCAAGAUGCUUUUUAAGACUUCCUGCUCUUGGCUGGCAAAUUGUUAAUCAGUUUGUGGCAGCAUAAAUAAAAUUAGAGGGUUUAAUUAAAACUAAUGAAUGAGUGAGCGGAGACCAGCCUGGCUGCGUUGCUCUCUG